UUUGGCAUUUUAACAAGAUGGCGACUCUCUGAGUUGUUUGUGUUGCGUCUUACGUUUGGCAGGAAAUGGACGUGUUAAAGGCUGAAAUUGAAAAGAAAAGAAAACUUUUAGAAGAAAAGAAGUUAUUGCAACCAGCAAAGAAAUAUUUCAAGAGAGGAGAUUUACUCAAUGCUUUGGAAGAAGAUUAUUGGGCUAAACAUAGAGAAAAACACAAAGAUGAUGAUGAUUAUGAUAGUGGUAGGAAUACAAAUACUCUAAAGACACAGAAAGAUAAUCAGGAAGAUAUAAUAUUACCAAGGAAAGAGGUGAUUAGAAGAUUAAAGGAAAGAGGAGAACCAAUACUUUUCUUUGGCGAAACUGAACAGGAAGCAUUUCAGCGAUUAAGACGUUUAGAAAUUUUGGAACCUGAAGUCGAUCGUGGAUUUAGAAAUGACUUUCAAGAGGCGAUGGAAAGGGUUGAUCAGGCUUAUUUGGAUGAAAUUCUGAAAUCACAAGGAAAGACAGAAAGUGGAAAAUCUGUUAAUGAUGUCAAAUUUGAAGAUGCUGGAACUACUUUGGAAGAAAUAAAGGAUAUGGCCAAAAAUUUUGGCAGAGGAAACGAUAACCACGAUAUUAAAGUAAUUCUUACCUUUUUAAAGUUCAUCCUUCAACUGUGGGGUCAGAAACUGAAUGCGAGAACGGAAAGUGAGAAAAUGUGCAUGAAGGGAAAAUUGGCAUCAGCCACCUACACACAAACGCAGUCUUACAUCGGGCCGUUAUUCAAGAGGUUGAAGAACAAGACUAUUCACGAAGAUAUUUUAGAACAUCUGGUACACAUAGCAAAGUAUAUGCUGGAUAGAGAUUACGUCAAAGCUAAUGACACCUAUCUGCAGAUGGCCAUUGGCAACGCACCCUGGCCCAUCGGCGUCACCAUGGUUGGCAUUCACGCCCGUACCGGCCNGUAA